UCUUUCUCUUUUCCCAAUUGUUCUCUAUUACAUUCUGGAGAAUUCUCAGUCUAUCCGGUCCCUCUCGCCUUUCCAUUUCCCCAGUCUCAUUUUCUCCAGGCCUCUCUUUUCGCUCGCCGAAAAUGCAUUUCUGUUGCCCGACGACUUUCUCGCCGAGCUUCGCCGCUCGAAAACCCAAAGGCCCAGCCCAAAAGCCACAAGAUACAAAAGAACUUGGUCAAGUGGCUACGACUGCGGCUGCAAACGGGUUUCAGUCGACUGUGGGGCCUCAGAGGCGAUACACGAUAUUCGAGAUUUGAGUUUCGAGAUCCACAAUUGCGAUGACUAAUUCAUUGACCAUCGCCGUGUUUUUGGCCAGCCUGUGCCUCUUCGCCAACUUUGGCCAAAUGCAGGCAGCCUCCAUUGUCUGCGGAUCGGAUGCAAAGUCUGCAGAGGAUGCGGAUUCGGUGACCACGCCCAGUCCCAGUGAGGUUAACAAGUUCGUCCACAGCCUGCAAUGCACUCUGGAGAAGGCCAAGCCCUGGAUAGCCAACAUCGAGAAGGAGGCCAAGAUAUUGGAGGAGAAGGCCAGGGAUGUCACCAGAUCGCUCUUCCAGCGCAUAAAUAUGUUGGUCAAUGUGCUCGCCUCACCGGUUAACUCUGAAAAGGAUAAGGAAAAGGACAAGGAUGAGCAGAAGGAGCCGGAGGAGGUCACCACCACUACCACCGCUUCCACUUCCAUUUCCACUUCGGAGGCUUCCAGCUCCUCCAAAACUGAUUUUAAGGAGGAACUGACCACUUCUGCGCCCCCAGUUCACUUGGACUGGCUGGAGGAUCAUGCCAAUGAGGUGGACUACAUACCAGAGAAAAAAUAAAGAAACACUUCGUUAAGCCAUAUGCUAAUAAAUAUGUAUACUAGAUAAUAAAUUAUUUUGCUCUCUAUUCGAUGAGCAUAUCCUAUUUAUUUAA